AGGAGCGACGUGGAAUGGAGCUUGGAUCGCAGCAUCAAUGUGCUGCUGAUCAGACAUCCGCACUUGCCCUUCCACUUCCAUGUUUGAUGGACGACACCAACCCAUGGGGUACUAAUGCAUGGGCAUCAUCGUCAGAAAAGCUCCCCGUCGCACCAUCUGCUUCACUCCAAGCCCGUCCGCAGGCCCUCGACGAUGAGCAGCAAGACAUAACUAUUCCGGCUUGGGAGCCACCAGCGAGUGAUGCCGCCCCUUGGGCUACACAUACUUCAAACGCUCUUUGGGGUGCCCCGUCACCCGCACUGGAUAAAUUUCCUUCGUGGAGCUCGCCGUACGAUGACUUGCUGUCAACGAAGACCACCAAUUCGACAUCGACAACGACAUCGGCAUUGACGACCCCCUUCGAACCCGCUGAGCUACGCCCCCAAACUCCUGAGUUGGAGCAAGGCGUUGAGGAUCUCGGGCGAAACGAUAAUGAGGCUCUGGACGCUCAAUCAGAGCUGGAAACAGUUGUUCACAUCGAGCCGGCUUCUCCCACUUUGACCCUUCCCCAGGAUAGGACUGAAUCUUCGACAUCCUCACAUUUCCAACGGUCACCACCGGGAAGCCCUGACCCGUUUGGCACAUUCGAGACUGGUCUCGACGAGCAGGUGAAUACCAGCACAGACGCUUGGUCACCCUCACAUAAUAGUUUCGAGACCGAGGCUGAGGGCCUCGAGUGGGGUGGUGGGUGGGGUGCUGUUGCUGUCGACGAGGAAGAGAAAAGCGGUUCACAUGAUGGUUCUGAGACCGUCGAUGAAUGGGAGCUAGCCAAGCAACAGAAAGCCAAGCAGGAUCGGCAUGUGCCUCCAGAAUUGCUUGCAUCUAUACUAGCUCAGCUCAACGAUCUGGAAAAUGAAAUACAUCCUCCACUUUCGAACGGGACUAUUGACCCAGAGGACUGGCGGAAUAACCGCUUCAAAGGAUUACAAGACGUUGACACAUCCACACCUACUAUCAUUCGGCUGCUCGCUACGGAUCUCAUUCUCCCUGCUCCUCGACCCUUCUCCAAAAGCACGCUGGCCAAACACGCUUCAGACGCACUACGCAUGUCGCGGAACGCUCCAUUCGUCCGUCGUAGUCCCCUCAGCUAUUACAGCGCGACGAAGGGCUCCACAGCUUGGGAGACCUCGGUCAAAAAUCGACCGGAGGUUGUCGGCGAACCCGACCUGCUUCCGCUCGGCUGGCGUAUAGUCGAGACUCAAUCGAAAGAGGAAACGUCUACCGCUGAUAAGAAGAAGACUGGGCAUGGAGGGUUGUUGUCAUUCUUCGGGAGAAGAGACACAUUGACGACUGGAGAGGGGACGAAAUCUCGCUCGGCUUCACCGACAGCAUCUCCUCGAGCAAGCACCGAUAGCUCGAGUCUCAAGUCUCCUACAAGCAUAUCCUCGAUGACGUCUGCAUCUGCGGCAUCUGUUACUUCCCCGACAUCUGUGGCUUCCGCGACACCUACAGCCUCUGUGACUCCGAGCCCGAUCCCCCCUAUUUCGCCACCUCAGCCACCUCCGAUUGUUGCAGCGUCUGUCUCUGAGCCAGCGCCGAGCACUUCAGCGAUUGAGCAAGCGGCGCCCUCUCGAAUGUCCAGGUUUUUGGGUAGGUUCGGGCGCAAAUCUGAUACAGGCCCUCAGCGAAUCGCGUUGUCCGACAAUGAUUUCGAUUUUCUCGCUGAUAUUGAAGCUGCUCCGCUCGGAUCAUCACUUGCGCCUGACCAUGGGUUUUCGAUGUCAAGUGCGCUGUUGGACGACCCGGUGCCGGUGGCUCCCAAACUAGCACCUCCCCCGCGUCUUUCUGCCUUGUCACCACCCCCUAGCACAGUCCCCGCAUCGUUAGCACAACCGCCCUCAGCUGCAACACAAACGAUUAUCUCUCCUCCGGUAAUCUCAGCACCGGUUUUCGCUGCCCCAGUUUUCGCUGCCCCAGUUGCUACUACUCCAGCUGUCACUACUCCAGCUGUCACUACUCCAGUCUUCGCUGCUCCAGUCGUCGCUCCUUCAAUUGUCCCGCCUCCUCUGGCGAGCAGUUUCUCUGCACCCAUGGAGGCUGAUUUUUCAGCAUGGGGCUUCGACGAUGAGACUCCAAGCCCGAUCACCAGGGUCGAAUCAGAGCCAACUUCUCAGCGCCGACAGCUCAACACGCGGGCAACAUCAACGAUCAAAGGCAUUCCGCCUAGGAGAGCACCAGUUGCAAUCAUGUCGUCAGGGCCCUCUCGGCCGUCCGCAGCAGUACCCAAAUUGGGUGCAUUGAACAUUCCCCCUCCGCCUCGAGCUCAGACCUCGACACCUUCGCUUGCGGCCAAUCUGGUGGAGGACGAUGAUUUUUCUGACUUUCAUGCCUCUGCCCCAUUGCAGCCUUCGUCGGCGGCUCAUUCACUCUACGACACCAGUUUUUCGUCUUCGACAUCAUCAAGCGUCGGCUUGUUUGGGUCUGGAUCGUCGGCACAGUCGGGUCUGUUCGAUGACUUUGAUGACUUUAUCGAAGCCGGUUCGCCUGCGACAUUGCGCACACCGUCGCCACCCAGGCCGCCAGUCAAACCAAUACGGGCGGCGAAAUUACCGCCGCCACCAUUGUCCCUGGGUAACACUCGGGCGGUUCGACAACUGCCGCCGGACUCACCGGAUGACACCCCGUUGGCUAUCGUUGCCCAGCAGGCGCAACGUGCGGCAAACCACCAGCGCACGCUCAGUCUGGUGGAAAAUGCAGCUGCAAGCUCUGGUGUGCGAUGGCCAGCACCUGCUUCGCCCCUCCCGGAUGUGAUUGCCCCACCUCCGAAUGCGACCGAUCCGUUUGGCUUUGCAGACGACUUGGGUGCAACAUCUACUAUGCAGUCUCAGCAGGCAGCAUUCCUCAGUUCAGUUCCAACGACGCUUCCUAGUUCGGUCUCUGCGACGUUUCCUCUGAGAACGGGUACACCCCUGCAACGUAGCCUCUCACCACCAGUUCCUCCGAAACUGACCCCGUUGCCGUUCUCCAUGUCUAGUACAGGGCCCACCAACUCGAGCAGCGGAUUGUCGGCUCAAGAUCUGUCGUUCUUCGAGGGUCUGUAA